CCUUUCGACGCAAGAACCAAAACCAUGAGUUACUCAAGUUUCCUGGUAAGGUGCAGUAAUCCACGUAUGUUUGGAUUAUAGGCUGUAAGAGACGGAGCCAAACAUGCUCGUUGCAAAGGUCCCAUUCCAUAAAUGCGCUGUUCAAUUCGCACCCUAAGUACACACGACAAAAGUUCAAAAUCGAUUGACCUUUUACUAGUCCAGCCGGGCCGUAAGCCAGUGAAGGUAGUGGGUUUAUGGUCGUCAAUAUAAAAGCACUGUCGCUUUCUGCUGGGCUAGUCUUUGGGUACGCUAUUGAGAGUAAAAGAAUCAAUAUGAAGAGCUGUGUCGUGUUUGCUUGUCUGCUGGCCGCGGUGUUUGCCGCCGACAAAUAUAACUCCAAAUACGACAAUUUCGAUGUGGAGACGCUGAUUACAAACGACAGACUACUGAAGUCGUAUAUAAAUUGCUUCUUAGAUAAGGGCCGCUGCACACCUGAAGGCACGGAUUUCAAAAAGACCCUGCCGGACGCCGUAGAGACCACGUGCGCAAAAUGCACAGAGAAACAGAAAGGCAACAUCAAGAAGGUGAUCAAAGCGAUCCAGGCGCGACACCCCAGGCAGUGGGACGAGCUCGUCAAGAAAAACGACCCAACUGGCAAAAACAUUGCCAACUUCAACAAGUUCAUUGAAAGCUAAACGUAAUUUUUAAGGCUUAUGUUAAGUUAGAAUAGGAAGGCUGCUACGAUCACCAAAAACGAUUGAGUUUAGGCCCUGAGCCCAAAUAAAUAGUUUAACCUAAAAUCUCGCAUUAAAAGAUCGUAUGCUGCCUAUAACUCAUUUGUAGUCGAUAGGUACUUUUUAAAAUCUAAAUAAUUUUCUUAAAUUGGCAACUUAAUUUGUUCACCCGCUAAGCUGCGUGGAAGUAAUAUUUAUUGUAUUUUCACAACAUAGACUGAUAUUGUAAUAAAAGAUAUUCGACAUA